CUCGUGUCCGACCUGCGUAGCCUGACACCCAUCGAACACUCUACCGUGCCUUUCCACCACCCAUUGACCCAGCACAGCAGAGUGCACCUUUGGAAACUACAAGCAGACGGAGGCGCUGUGUAGGUCAAGAUGCCUCCCCGAAGGCGACCACAAUUCACCCAGGAGACCAUCGACCAGCAGCUUCAGCAGAUCCAUCUCCUCGACCAGUCAUCUUCCUCCGAGAACUUGGAGCAGCUCGGACCCGUCAUCAAGCAGAUUCACGCAAACAGGCAGCAGGAUGCAUACCUCCGUGCCAUUGGCCAGCUCAUUCAGACGAAGGACGCUGAGAUUGAGACCAUAUGCGGCGACAACUACCAGGAGUUCAUUAGCUCUGUGUCUACGCUGUUCUCUGUGAAGUCUUACACAAAUAACCUUCGUGACAAGAUUCAGACUUUGGAUGCUGGUGUGGAACAAGUCGGACGCGGGCUGGUAGAAAAGAAACGUGCCUUGUUGCAGACCAAGAAGACGGCCGGGAACCUGGAUGAGGCUGUGGAGACCCUGCAGGCAUGUCUCCGCGUUCUCGAUGUGGUGAACCGAGUGGGAGAGAUGAUCAAGGAGGGAAAGUACUGGAGUGCACUACGGUCACUCGAGGACAUUGAGAGCAUGCCACCAACGUCUCUCUCGCAAACUCCUCUCUUCCAGCACUUGUUGUCUUCUCUGCCAUCCCUGCGCGGCCAAAUCAAAGACGCAGUCUCUGCUUCCAUGAAGCAGUGGCUCUUGGACAUCCGAAACGUGAGCGCUCAAGUCGGUCAGUUAGCACUCGAUGCGAUGGAGCAUCGUGUACGGAAAUGGCGCGCGCGAAGGGAGAAAGAACCGCUCUUGAAGCUCAGCCGAGUGGGUAGCGCUGUGGAAAUCGCGACGAACGAGAAGACGGAAUUCAACGUCCUGGACAACGAGCAUCUACAAGUUGACUUCAAGCCCCUCUACGAAUGCAUACACAUAUACAGUGCCUUGGACUCUCUUGACGAGAUUCGACGAUCAUAUCAAGCAGAUAGGAAGGCGCAAUCGGACCUUAUCCUCCCAACUAUCCUUCCCUUGGAUCAGCUGCCCAAAGUGACUGAAGAAGUGGUCGGCUUCUUCAUCAUUGAGACGCACGUCCUCAACACAACAGGCAGUUUCCGUUCGCCGCGGGAGGUCGAUGAUCUGUGGGACGCGCUCUUACGUCGCGUGGGGAAUGCUGUGGAUACCGCGUUGAAGAGCGUCAGCGAUGCGGAUGCAUAUCUGGGCGUGAAAGAGUGUCUGCUCAGCUUUAUCAUGACCCUGGAGCAAUACUCGUAUUCGACAGAGAACCUACAUGCCUUCAUUCUAUACCUCUUCGGGCGCUACGUAUCAAUCCUCGAGUACAAGUUUGGCCUGCGUUUCGAGAAGAUUGUCUUGCAAGACGACUGCUUACCCAUGUAUGUGGAGAAUGCGACCGAACGCGACAGCGCAUUGGACACUGUAUGGCUCACUAAAGAGGAGCGAGAGCAAUUGGCCAAGAGUCAGCUACCGUUGACCUUUCCAUGGUCUUCAGGCUUUUACAUGUGCUGCCAAGACAUUCGGAACUUCGUGCAGAACUUCUACCAAUUCCUCGAGGGUGUCUCCCAGCAUCAUCGGAACAUCGACGAUCUACUCAGCAGAACACUUGACAACAUCCUCGCCAACUUCAUUGCCACCAAUAUCGCAAAGCGGGCACAGAGCACGUCGAACCUUUCUCAGAUCGUACAGAUCGUCGCGAACAUCGAACAUCUCGAGAUUGCUUGCGCCGAGCUGGAACGGUCACUGACCCUGAUCCGCUCAUCCCAACGCGGAGGUGCCAUCCACAUCACCGCCUCCUCGGCCUUCAACACAGUACUCCAGACUGCGCUCUCUCGCGUCAACUCAUCGAUCGCGUCGAAGCUCGACGACUUCUUUGGAUUGUCCGAAUAUGACUGGACACCGCCGAGACGCGAGGAAAACCCGAGCAUGUACCUUUAUGAGCUGAUCAACUGGCUCACGACCGUGGUCGACUCGCUCGUCAUCAAAGACGCGUACAAGGACAAGGCUUACCGAGGCGCUGCGGACUACAUUGCGGAGUGUUUCGUGGAUUUCCUGACAGGGCGCAACGUGCCCAUGAUCAACGAAAACGGUGUGGCGAAUCUCGUCACCGACAUUGACUUCCUUGAAGACGAGUUCAAGAAGAGCGGGCACGCCCAUCUCAACGCUGCGUUCCUCGAGCUGCGCCUGAUGACCACGAUUGUGCUCGAGGAUCAAGUCCAACAAUACCUCAUCCCAGCCGUCCGGCAAGCUUCCUAUUCUGUCGUAAGGCCUCGAAAUCUGCAGGCGCUGCUCCAGAAGCUGGCCAAGUAUGGCGCGGAGUGCAAAGAUACCCCAUCUCGGCAGCGCGGUGAGAAGCGCAGGAAGGAGGCGGAGGCAGUCGGUGCACUGGUCCAAGGAGACGGGCGGUAAAGGACGAUUCACAGUAACUUAUUAUUUGUAUGACGACAGACGCAUCGGUUAUGGCAAUGGAACUUCUGGAUAUACCCAACCGCGCUAUCGGUCUACGACUAGCUCUAGUCAAGAGGCAAGAGCUAAGGCCUAAGGACCAGAGGCUUUUUCAUGUACCGCUCGGGAACA